AUGGGUCAACUUAAAAAUAAGCCAUGUGACAAAGCUCCGCUUGGGUCUCCGGCUGUGUUGAAGUUGAUCUGUCAACAAUUACAUCAAAUGGACGAGGAGAAUAGGCAAGAAUCGCUCGACUCAAAUCUCGCUCCUCCCGAAUUCCCUGCUUUGCACGAUUGUAUGAAUAUAACAUGUGUUUGUUCGGAGUUGAAUUCUGAGUCGAUUAAAGGCUCCGAAUGCUUGUACAAAGGAAAACGGAUGGAAAAGCUAAUUCGCAAAGAAUAUCGGAUGAUGUCUGAUGAAGAACGCGAACGUUUUCACUCGGCACUAAACACGAUGAAGAAAAAUGGGAAAUUCGAUGAAAUUGCUGCAAUUCACGCGGGUUUUGGCAAUAUGGGCGGUGCUCAUUCGGGACCAGCUUUCCUGCCCUGGCAUCGCGAAUAUCUUAAGAGACUGGAAUUCGAGCUGCGGCGGGUUCAUCCGGAAGUUUAUCUUCCGUAUUGGGACUCGACCCUUGACGGUCAUCUGCCAAGACCGGAGGACUCGGCUAUAUUUACCACCGAAUUGUUCGGGACGAGCAUCGGUCCUGUGCUUGAUGGACCGUUCGCCAACUGGAAAACAAUGCGUGGCAAACCCCUUUUGCGGCAAGUCGGUAAACGACAAGACGCUCAACCUUUCAUGGAGGAUAUGGUCACGUUUUUUCUUCAACAACCCGCCAACCGUUUUUUGGCGUUCUCUGCCAGUCGCCAAGAAUGCCCAGAGGCGACCGAGUUCAACUCGUUUGAGUUCCUGCAUGCGCUUGUUCACAAAUGGAUUGGUGGUGACAUGUUCGAUCCAAUGACUUCGGGAAACGAUCCAGUCUUCUUUAUGCAUCACUCGUUUGUCGAUUUGAUUUGGGAGAACUGGAGAACGUGGAGACAAGACAGAACAUUGCGUGAAAUUGAGUACCCGCUCGAUGACGGACGCUGCAUGUCAGCAAAACAUUUCUUGAAAGCUCCAAUGAUUCCUUUUUCGUCAGAAAGUGGACGCGCGACCACAAACGCGGACGGUCUCUCGAAUCUCUACACGGAUGAACUUUAUGAAUACGCUCCCCAGCCAACUUGUCGAUCGGUUAAAGAGGGCUGCGGGAGUCGAUUUUUGUUCUGUGAUACUUCUGUCGGAAAACCGCGCUGUGUGGCGAAGAUUCGACUCGGUGGAAGUUGUGGCCGACUUGCUCCAGGUCAAGAUGUGUGCUAUAACGGCCGUUGUGUUGACGGAUUCUGUGAGUGGGCUGAGGAUUUGCAAACUUCGACUGACGACAUUGAAGUGUCUGAAUCCGAGGAAACUUCUACCAAAGAACUUGAGGACAAGAUCACAAAAGAACCAAUGAUUGAAUCAACAACAGUCGAAGGACUGGAAGCCACAAACCAGACUCAUUCGGACAACUCGGAAAAUGAAACGAGCACGGAGUUGUUUACAACGGAAUUAACAGAAGGAAAUGUGACAGAAACGGCGGAAAAACUGAAGUUGAAGGUCAAGACAGACGGAGCUUCAUCAACUACGGCUACACCGACGACCACAACAACCACCACUUCGCCGACUUCGACAGCUACAACAGCCUCAUCAACUACAACAACUUCAACUACAACAACAACUACAACAACUUCAACAGCUUCGACAACCACAACACCCGCAUCGACAAGAUGGAGCUUGAAUUGGGAACCGGUAGCUACAACAGAUUUCACAACAACAACAACAUCAACGACUGAGAAAAAGCUGGAAGAUUUUGUUUGGACUACACGUGCGCCAAUGGUGACUUUCACGCACAUGGUUGCCACUGAUACGGCACCUUGCUUCAAUUUCAACGAAUGUUGUCAAGAAUGGGCUUUGCAAGGGCAAUGCUCGUCGAAUCGAAACUAUAUGGAUGAACAAUGUGGAGCUUCGUGUAAUGCAUGUAUCCCCAGCACUCCAAUUGUUGAUGAUUGUUCUGAUCGACAUGAAAAGUGCGGUUUCUGGGCACGGGCACGCGAGUGCUACAGUAAUCCUUAUUGGAUGGCUGAGAACUGUCGUCAAAGUUGUGGUCAUUGUGAGAAAACGAGAGCUCAAGUGUGUAGCCGAAAAAGUCAGCAAAUUGCAAGCUCGAGUAGCGAUUGGGUGACGAGUACGCAAAAGCCGCGUGACCACGAGUGCUACAAUGCUGAUUGCUCGGAUAAGUACAGUUGUUGUUCGCAUUGGGUCAAAAAGGGUGAAUGCCAAACCAAUUUCAAAUUCAUGAUGUGUAAUUGUCGAUCGGCGUGCGGAAUGUGUGGAUCGAUGACGGAUUGGAAAGACAACGCAGUCGGAGUCGAGCCAGAAAACCAAGCAGAAGUGGAACAAGAUCGAGACAAAGGAGUAGAUCGAAUCCGCGGAGGACGCGCCAUCGAAGGGCUGCUUGCAUGGAUCAACACAAAGAAUGUCCUCGUUGGGCUGAAAGAGGGGAUUGUCGUCAGAAUCCUUGGAUGGAGAAGAAUUGCCCAACGAGUUGUCAGUCUUGUUUCGGGGAAUCGGACGACGUUUGUGGAUCGUCAUUUGACAUUCAGGGAUGAACUGCGAUCAAGACCGGAAAAGAAAAAGUUCUCCGAUUGCUGGUGCAUUGAAAUAGCUGUCGAC